UCCGCGCGGACUUCCGAGAGUUUCUGCUCGUGCCAUUUUUGCUCCUCCCUUCUGGGGCCGCUCGUUGCGUGCGGCCGAAGGUCGCACCCGCAGGUGAACGCCGAGCCGUACUGGUUCCACCCGAUCAGCGGCGCUCUGACAUUCGAGCGCCCCGCCGACUGCUGCGGGGGGCCCGAGCUGCCGCCGGGAGAGCUCGAGCCGGACGGGCUGGAGGAGCUGCGGGGCGAUGGCCCAGUCUGGGAGAUGACGGCGAUCGAAGAGAACAGAAACGUUUCUGCCUGUGCGGUGGCUUUGCUCUUACAGGUAAGGGAGCUGAAGGGGGCGCUCAGCGAGGGGCUCGGGGACGACCUCGGCCUCGAGCCAGACGAGCUGGCCAGGCGGGCGGUCGCGGAGUACGAGCGGUUCCUGCCCAGGGUGCUGUCGUGGCACGACUACCAGCACCUCACCUUCUGGUUUUUCGGGGGCAUGGGCAGGGAAAGGGCGGGCAAGGGCAAGGGCAAGGGCGAGGACAGGGGCGGCGCGAGCAGCUUCUUCCACGCAGACCAGGGGGCAACUCGCGCGAUGUUCGCAUCGGACGCGUUCUUUCAUGCCGCGGCGAAGCUGCUGAUGCAAAGGAUGCAGAGGAUGCACCCAAUCAGUCUCACGUAUCGGGUUUCGUCUGGACGUUCUCGAGAGCAGGGGUCGUGCUGCCCAGCUUCAUGCAGAGCGUAGGCGAUCACAUGCUGAGCAGAGGCCAGAUCCCCAUGUGCGACCGCUGCUCGCUGGGAACGAUGGUCUGGAACUUCUCGCAGUGCGGCGUCAGCCACGACCGCUACUUCGAGGGGACCGCCUCAGAGUGCGUGAGGCCCAACCGGCUGCGCUCCCUCGCGCCGCGGAACUUCCAGAACACCAUGAUCGCGUUUGCCCGCAGGCGGCACUGGCACGAGAAGUACGUGGACGCCAUGGCCCGCGGGAUGGUCCGGCUGCUCGACAGCCACGACCCGAGGUUCCCCAAGACAGAUACCAGCGUGCUGUUCUCGUACACGUGCAAGGACGGCAGCGAGGUCCCGGCGGACGCCUUCCGCAUCACCAGCCUCACCGUCAUCCUCCGGCAGGCGCAGGCGCUGCGCGCUGGCGGCCCAGGGCAGCCGCGGGAGCUGCGGCGGAACUGGGAGCAGUGCUGCGCGUCCAUGCGGCCAGCCUACGUGCGCCGCUCCGCCGGCGCGUCCCCCGCCCACAUGUGCCGGCGGCGGCGGAAAAGGGGCGGGCGGCCCGGUGGCGGGCACCAGGCGCGCAAGCGUUCGCCCGG